AUGAUACAAAGGGUGCAACAACAUGAAAAAUGUGUAUUUUCCUUUCCUUCCCUUUCAGGAAAUGAUAACAGUGAAGCCCUUCCAGAGUCUAUCCCAUCUGCUCCUGGAACACUGCCUCAUUUUAUGGAGGAACCAGAUGAUGCCUACAUUAUAAAAAGCAACCCCAUUGUCUUGCGCUGUAAAGCUAUGCCAGCUAUGCAGAUUUUCUUCAAGUGCAAUGGUGAAUGGGUCCAUCAAAAUGAGCACGUGUCUGAGGAAAGCAUGGAUGAGACUACAGGACUGAAAGUUCGAGAGGUGUUCAUCAAUGUGACGAGACAGCAGGUGGAGGAUUUUCAUGGGCCGGAAGAUUACUGGUGUCAGUGUGUUGCAUGGAGCCACCUCGGGACCUCCAAGAGUAGGAAGGCAUCUGUCCGCAUAGCCUAUUUGCGCAAAAACUUUGAGCAAGACCCGCAAGGGAAGGAGGUUCCCAUCGAAGGGAUGAUCGUCCUCCACUGCCGGCCGCCCGAGGGAGUCCCCGCAGCCGAGGUGGAAUGGCUGAAGAAUGAGGAGCCCAUAGAUUCCAACCUGGACGAGAACAUUGACACCAGAGCAGACCACAACCUCAUCAUUCGACAGGCGCGUCUCUCGGACUCUGGGAACUACACCUGCAUGGCUGCCAACAUUGUUGCCAAGAGAAGGAGCAUGUCUGCGACAGUUGUGGUGUAUGUUAAUGGCGGCUGGUCGUCAUGGACUGAGUGGUCAAACUGUAAUGCACGGUGUGGCCGGGGCUGGCAGAAGCGAUCACGGACCUGUACCAACCCCGCUCCACUCAAUGGAGGUGCAUUUUGUGAAGGAAUGUCAGUGCAGAAAAUUACCUGCACUUCUCUUUGCCCUGUGGAUGGAAACUGGGAGACGUGGAGCGAGUGGUCCGUGUGCAGCCCAGAAUGCGAGCACCUGAGGGUUCGGGAGUGUAUCGCACCGCCUCCGAGAAACGGAGGAAAGUACUGCGAGGGCUUGAGUCAAGAGUCAGAGAACUGCACUGAAGGGCUUUGCAUUCAAGAUAAAAAACCUCUUCAUGAAAUAAAAUCCCAAAAUAUUGAGACGGCCAGUGACAUUGCCUUGUACUCCGGCCUGGGAGCAGCAGUCAUUGCUGUAGCUGUGCUGGUGGUUGGCGUUACCCUUUACAGACGGAGUCAGAGUGAGUACGGCGUGGAUGUGAUUGAUUCAUCUGCACUGACAGGAGGCUUCCAGACAUUUAAUUUUAAAACAGUCAGACAAGGUAACUCCCUGCUUCUGAACUCGUCCAUGCAGCCCGACUUGACAGUGAGCAGGACGUACAGCGGCCCCAUCUGCCUGCAGGAUCCCAUGGACAAGGAGCUAAUGACCGAGUCUUCGCUGUUCAACCCACUGUCAGACAUCAAAGUCAAAGUUCAGAGUUCGUUCAUGGUGUCCCUCGGGGUGACGGAGAGGGCUGAAUAUCAUGGAAAGGCACACUCUGGAACUUUUCCUCAUGGGAAUAAUAGAGCUUUUGGUACAAUACAGGCUAGAAACAAGGCUACCUAUAUUCAGAACCUGACUUCUAUUUCAACAAGAAGUGAGCUGAAGACGAUUGCUGUUUUUGGACACCUGGGUGGCCGUUUAGUGGUUCCAAACACAGGAGUCAGUUUGUUGAUACCACAUGGAGCUAUUCCUGAAGAGAGUUCGUGGGAAGUCUAUCUUGCCAUCACCCAAAAGGAGUCCAGCCUCCAGCCAGAAGGCACAGAUGUUCUUCUAGGACCAGAAGUAACCUGUGGGCCCUCAGAUCUGUCUGUCAGCACUCCCUUUGCCUUGACGAUACCACACUGCGCAGAAGUAAAUUCAGAGCACUGGAACAUUCACUUGAAAAAAAGGACACAGCAAGGAAAAUGGGAGGAAGUGAUGUCUGUGGAAGAGGAAACUACUUCUUGCUACUGCCUGUUGGAUCCUUAUGCCUGUCACAUUCUCUUAAACAGCUUUGGAACUUAUGCUCUUAUUGGAGAACCGAUCUCUGACUGUGCCGUUCGACAGCUGAAAGUAGCGGUUUUUGGCUGCCUGUCUUGCAAUUCUCUGGAUUACAAUCUGAGAGUAUAUUGUAUGGAUAACACACCUUGUGCAUUUCAGGAAGUGGUUUCAGAUGAAAGACUCCAAGGAGGACAAUUACUGGAGGAACCAAAACUUCUGCAUUUCAGAGGGAAUACCUUCAGUCUUCAGAUAUCUGUCCUUGAUAUCCCUCCAUUCCUUUGGAGAAUUAAACCAUUUACUGCGUGCCAGGAAGUCCCCUUCUCCCGCGUGUGGUGCAGCAGCCAGAAGCCGCUGCACUGUGCCUUUUCGCUGGAGCGCUACACGCCCGCAACUACACAGCUGUCCUGCAAGAUCUGCGUCCGGCAAGUCAAGGGUCAUGAGCAAAUCUUACAGAUCCAGACAUCCAUUCUAGAGAAUGAAAGAGAAACCAUCACUUUCUUUGCACAUGAUGACAGCAACUUCCCUGCGCAGAUGGGUCCAAAAGCAUUCAAGAUCCCCUACUCCAUUAGGCAACGAAUCUGCGCGACGUUUGACACGCCCAAUGCCAAAGGCAAAGACUGGCAGAUGUUAGCACAAAAAAACAGCAUUAACAGGAAUCUCUCCUAUUUUGCUACACAAAGCAGUCCAUCUGCCGUCAUUCUGGACCUCUGGGAAGCCCGACAUCAACACGAUGGCGACCUCGACUCCCUAGCCUGUGCCCUGGAAGAAAUAGGAAGGACACACUCCACAAUCUCAGACAUAACAGAAACUGAGAUUGAAGAGCCUGACUUCAACUACAGCAGACAAAAUGGACUUUAG